AAAAGGGACAUUUCGGCACACCUAAAUGUUCAGACACUCACUCCCUCAAACUCAAACUGAAGCAUCGUCAAGUUCUCAACCUCAUAUUAAUUCUCUCACUUCCUCCCCACAGCUUAGAACUAAACCUCAUAAACCUCCUCCCUCUCUCUCUUCUUUCUCUCUCUCUUUUUUUUCUUUUUUCUUUUCUUUUUUUCUCCCUUUUUCAGAUACCACGAAUUACACAGAUGCAAUUUUGAGUGAUUUUCAAUCAGGGAAAAGAAAUGGCAAAUAGUAAUCAGACGGUGCAGUUUCCAGACGAUUUCAAAUGCCCGAUUUCCCUGGAGAUUAUGUCCGACCCGGUUAUCCUCUCUUCGGGUCACACUUUUGAUCGGUCCUCCAUCCAGAGGUGGCUUGACGCCGGCCACCGGACUUGUCCAAUUACCAAGCUACCCUUACCCGACCCGCCUUCCCUAAUCCCAAACCACGCUCUCCGGAGCUUGAUUUCCAAUUAUACCCUCGUCCCUCUCCCUGAGCCUCAGUCCAAACCCAAUCCUCAUUCCUUGAUACAAACUCUGGUUUCCGUUUCGUCUCCUCUGGCCGCCAAGCUGAACUCGCUUGACCAGUUGGGAAGGCUGUGUAAGAGGGAUUUCGGGGCCCGCCGCCGUCUCACUGAGUCCGGCGCCGUGUCGGCCGUUUUGGAGUGCGUCAACGCCGAUGACGAUGCUUCCCUUCAGGAAAAGGCUCUGUCUUUGUUGCUGAACUUGAGUUUGGAUGAUGAUAAUAAGGUUGGGCUUGUUGCCGAAGGUGCUGUCGGAAAAUUGGUCCACGCCGUUUACAACGGCGCCGGAGACUCCCGAGCGUUGGCUGCCACGGUGUUGACCAGCUUGGCCGUGGUGGAAGUCAAUAAGGCCACCAUUGGGGCUCACCGGCAUGCGAUUCCAGGCCUAAUUGGGCUUCUGCGGACCGGGAGUGCGAGGGAGAGAAAAGAGGCAGCCACGGCUCUGUUUACUCUCUGUUCCUUUGCGGAUAAUCGGGUUCGGGCCGUCGAGAACUGGGCUGUUCCGAUCCUAAUACAGAAUGUGAGGUCAGGACUUGAAAGAGCAGUGGAAGUAUUGGGUUUGUUAGCCAAAUGUGUGGAGGGCAGAGAGGAAAUGAUGAACCAUGAUGGAUUUUUGGAGACUUUGAGAUUCAUUUUGAGGAAGGGGAGUUCAAGAGGCGUGCAAUACGCGCUUUUGACUAUAAAUUUGCUGUGUAGUUGUAGCGAAAGAAUGUGUUUUGAAGCUUUAAAAGCAGGAGUUUUUGAGAUAUGUUUGGGAUUUUUAGAGGAUGAUAAUGAGAAGGUGAGGAGAAAUGCCACAAGUUUGAUUCAGGUAUUGCAAGGAAAAGUUAAUCAAAUGUAGGUUGUUGUUUUAGUUUCCAGGUUUUUGGGUGUUCAUCUUGGUAUGGUAGAUGAAAAUUGGGAACUUUUGAAGGAGAGUGGAGCUGCUCUAUUACCAUCUUCUCGUUAAUGUUUUGGAUUUUGGGCUCAUCUGUUCAGUUUUUACACUAUUUCUAGGUUGAUAGUGUUCCUCCAUUUCCUUUUUCCUGUACAAACAUUUAGGCUUUUGGUUAAAAGAAACAAAAAAAAAAAAAAAGAGAGAUAAAAUUGUUCUUUUGUUGUACAUUUGCCAAUAACAAGGAUGAGAUCUGAACAGAUCCUAUGUCGUUUCCUCUUUGUCUUAGUUCUGGUAAAAGAAAUCAAAGAUAGCUUCUUCUUCUUGGGAUGUAAGUUCCAAUGUGUUGAUAAUUUGUCCGAAUGAGUACGCUUUGUUAUACAUGUUGCUUUGAUAGAUGACAUGGUUUUAGAGAUACUUUGCUUUGCUUGUUUGUCUAUGACUUCAUUUCUGGGCUUCCUGAUGAGUUGAGCUUCAACACUUCAUUUUUGUUGAGCUCUUCUGUGGAAUAUGCGUGAUCUUGUUCCACGGACUGAUUGAUUGAUCUCUGAUGCUUGGUAUUCUACAAUGAGACUUUACUUAGGUUUGUGAAUAUUGCUUCUGCCUGUUUUCAUGCUGGUUCAAACCUCUUUUUUCUUUAGUCAUCUAUUGCUUGGAAGUGCUCGGGUUAUGGUUUUUCUUUUGCUUUCCAAGCAGAUAAAAGAAUGAAACCAAUCAUAGGGUAGAGAAGUAGUAUUUGUUAAUAUUGAACCAUUGAAUUAACAUAAAAGUUCUGUUGAUGAGAGCGGCAUUUUCCAAAUUACAAGCCUCGUUUCGUAGGUGCGCAACUGAGGUGUAAAUUUCUCAAGUUAUAUUGUAUAGGAAUAGACUAAUAUCUUUUUUAUAUUUUGUGUUAGCAACUUCUGUUUGGUAUUAUUACAAAUCCAACAGCUGCUUUACAUGUUCACCUAGUUCUUAUUUUGGUAGGAUUCUGUAUGUACUUUUGGAAGCCCGAUGGUUGACAUUGUGGUGUCUGUUUUGCUUUGAAGAUGUACUUUUAAUUUAAUGUUCUUCAGCACUACUUUUGAUACUUUACCGUCUCUACCGGGAUCAUUUUGAUCUUUCAAUGUUCUUCAAACAUUAUUUCAUCAGCAACGCUUGUUACCGUAGUUGUACAGUGAUAGCC